GGCGAGUACAAAAAGAACGUAAGGUAGAGGAUAAUGGAAAAAAGGAUCAAGAUUGGGAGAGAAAGAGAGAAUGAGAGGGAAGUGUUUGUGGUCCUCAAGGAGAUGUUCAACAACAAGCUCUGAUACCAAAUGUUGUACCCGAGACCUGAGAGUCCCGAUGAAGAAAGUCGGUGAAGUCAACGUCCCCAAAACCGAAGAGGAGUUCACCGAUGAAGAUUGCAAAAAGAUGGAGCUCAACGCAAAGGCAAUAAACAUAAUUUAUUGCGGUGUUAAUGUGGAUGACUACCGCAAAAUCUCGCGGUGUGAAAUCGUAAAACAAAUGUGGGAAAAAUUGGAGCUCACCUUCGAAGGAACCGCACAGGUUCGGGAGGCCAAAAUCGACCACCUCACUCACGAGUAUGAACUCUUCUCUAUGAAGGAAAACGAGAAGAUUGAGGAAAUGUUUGAGAGGUUCUCUAACAUCAUUAAUCCUCUCAAUCUUCUCGGGAAAACAUACACCGACCGAGAGCUCGUGAGAAAGGUACUGCGAAGCCUAUCCCCCAAAUGGCGUUCAGAGGUGGACGCAAUCGAAGAAGGUCGUGACUUCCAAACAACGACCUGUGAUGCUCUUCGAGGUAAUCUUAUUACCUACGAAACCACCCAACCCUCAAAGGUGGUUGAAGAGAGGAACAAGAGGUCUAUUGCUCUACCCGCAACAACAUUAGCCCACAACAACGUUGAUGAUGAAGAUGAUGACAGCGACGACACCGACCUCGGACUCUUUGUCCGAAAAUUCAAGAAGAUGAUGCUUAAGAAGGGAGCCAAGAAGAACACUCCACCCAAAUGCUAUGGGUGUGGUGAAAUUGGACACAUCAAACCAAUGUGUCCGAAGCUCAAGAACGAGAAGGACAAGAGGGCACCGAAGAAGCAACGUGCCUACAUUUCUUGGGAGAACGACGGCUCCGGGAGCGAAGACUCGGAAACGGAGGAAGUGGACAAUCUAUGUCUCAUGGCCAUUGAAGAUGGAGAAACAUCAAAAGAGGUGUGCUUGAAGGCUUCGAGUACCUCUUGGUAUCUCGAUAGCAGAUGCUCCAAGCACAUGACCGGAGACGCUUCCAAAUUUAGGAGUUUAGAGUAUUUCAAAGGUGGCAAUGUCGUUUUUGGUGACAACAACAAAGGGAGAAUCAUUGGAAGUGGCACCGUCGGGAGAGACAAUGCUACAACCGUUGAGAACGUUCUUGUUGAGGGCCUCAAGCACAAUCUUCUUAGCAUUAGCCAAUUGUGCGAUAGAGACUCCUAACACGCACUCAAAAAGUAGCCAACUUUAGAGAUAUUUCAUUAGGAAAUUUUGCUAAAAUAGCAUCACACUAUUUUAAUGAAAUUACUCAAAGAGUAACACAAACUUUUCAUUCAAUAAUCUGGUUCUUACAAUGGCCUCAUGGCUGAAGUAUUUAUACAACAACAAAUAAGGAAAAAUACAAGAACAAUGAAGGAAGAAUACAACAAGGAAGUUUCCUACUUCUUUCCUACAAAUCAAUGCUUAAUGCCCAUCCAUGUGAGUUGAUUUUCCAUGAUGCUUCUCCUGAUUUUGAGCUGAUCUUCUUUGGGUUUAUUUGGGUAGAAAUUUCGUGCAUAUAAGGAAGAAAACAAAGGGGAAUCAAGCUUUAGACUUUUGUGAAUAAAAUGCCAAAACAGCACUAUUCAUUCAAUGACUUUGUUUCUGAUUUUGUUCCUUUGUUUCAAAAGUGAUUAUGCUUUUGUUUUGUGGAAGAAA